GGGAUCGCGGGUUGUUCUUCAAUCCCACGACUUCCUGUGAGGGUUUGGGACGACGUCGGGGUAAGGGAAGCAUCGACAAAAUGUAUGCACCAGUAUCCCGUAGACGCCCCGACCCGCUUUCCUGUGCGAGCUUCAGUGCGGGGCCAGAAGACGCGUCCGUGCGUAUAUAGAGAUCGGCUCCUUCCGCAGGCCCUGAGCUCUCGGCGUUGCACUUCUUGCCAAAGAGCACCCCAGAAGUGCAGACCGAAAGGGCGCCCGGCUCCAGCCCUUUGGCCCGCCGCCCCCCCGCCGUGAUGCGGCGGGCCGCGCCGUGGCCGUGCCGCCCCGGGGCCUGGGCGGCGGCCGCCCUCCUCCGCGGCCCGGCGGCCGCCGCCUCGUGGGUCGCGGCGGUGCGGGGGCCGUGCGAGCAGGUCGGGGCCUGCGUGCAGAGCCCGAACUACCCGGGACGGUACGGUGGCCAGCAGAGCUGCGAGAUCUCCGUGAACCCGUGGGCGCAGGAGAGCGUCAGCGCCAUCCGCUUCCGCAGCGAGAGGAACUACGACGUCCUCACCGUGAACGGGAAGCGCUAUUCGGGCCACUUCUCGCGGGGCCCGCAGGACGUCGUGGCAACCGGGGCGAUCCUGUGGAGCUCUGACGACGGCGUCGAAUCUACAGGGUGGAAGAUUUGCCGCACGUCGGAGGCCGAUGCCGUGCGGGCCGCUGAGCCGCCCAUCGAAGCCCGAGGAUUCGAGAUGUUCAUUUACGCCUUCAUGACGGUGAUGGUUGUGUGGCUUGUCCCAUUCCUUGCUGUGGCCCCUCUGGUAUCUACGGUACUAUGUAUUUUGGCCCACAAAGUAUGUAAAACCGAGAUGUUGAGCAGCCUCGCAGUUCGCAUCGCACAUUUCCCGUAUAUGUUGUUGCACGGUGGCAAGGCCGCGGGAGACAGUGAACAUCCAUUCAACAUCGUUGGAUAUUGCAUCUUGUGGUGGGGAAUUGUAUCAUUCACAAUGCUGACUUUCAUUAUUAUCUUGUUUGCGGCGGUCACCUUCCUAAUCACUAUCUGUUCGGUUUGUUGAUGAUGUCGCUAUUCUUCAUGCUCCUCACACUGAUGGAGUCCGUCGCAGAGCGAGCUACGAAUGAAACAAGAGUCUCAGGAGGUCAAGUUCCUGCCGUGAAGUACGAGGGGAAGCUGUGGCAGUUCUUGAGGCACCCAUUCGUCAAGUGGACUUAUCGGACAGUGGCUCUUCUUGUAAUUGCCACCGUGAUAAGUGUUGGAGUCUACGUCCAGUUCUUGGUGGACGCAAUGCUGAUCGAGAGUGGAUUUGAUCUGCUUCCCUCCCAGCGCGACUCAAGUGAUUCUCCGCCAGUGUAUGCGGUCAUGCAGGGCAUGAAGGGCGAUUUCGCGGUCAUGAGCAUCGUAUCCCCAGUGUUCGAGCUGUUCCGUCCGAUUCUUAAGUGGGUUCGUGCAUGCUUGGAUUGGCCCGUGGCAUGCAAUCCUGCCGCGUGGUCUGCCUAUUCUGUCGUUUGCCUUUCUGCAACAUAUGUCCAGUUCGUAUGGUGCACGACCGACGUUGCAUCUCCUUUGUACGAUCGGCAGAAGCGGAUGGAAGAGGCGCCAGCAGAUGAGACUGCUGGCAAUAUGGGUUUUCUGAAGCAGAAGUUUUACGCCCUGGUUGUAUUGAUCAUCCUCAAGUUGAACUUCUUCACUCUGCAACUUGUUGGGCAGGGCAUAGUCUCUGGAUUCCCCGGCAUGAUGUCACACGAUUCUAAAUAUUGCGAGGUCGAAGUGGUCCACCCCCACGGUAUUGAGCUUGGAUAUGCAGCCUCAUGGCUGAUUGCACGGCUCAUGUCUUAUUCCCCGCGCCCUGCAGCGGCUGCCUGCGCGGGGCACUCGUGCCGUCCUCGAGAGGGCGUCGCGGCCGCACUUCUUUUGCAGGCCUGCGCCCGCCGGGUCCAGCCCCGGGUCUGGCCCCCCGGAGUUGCUUUCCCCAG